AUGUCUAAAAAGCAAAAUACUAAAGAUCCGUCUGGGUUUAUUUUUGAUGUGCAGUCCAAUACUGUGAUGGCCCAAGGAGGAACCUUUGAAAACAUGAAGGAGAAGAUCAGCGCGGUGCGUGCCAUAGUCCCCAACAGGAGCAACAAUGAGAUUGUCCUUGUGCUGCAGCAUUUUGACAACUGUGUGGACAAAACAGUGCAAGCAUUUAUGGAAGGCAAUGCCAGUGAAGUACUGAAAGAAUGGACUGUAACAGGCAAAAAAAAGAACAAGAAGAAGAAAACCAAACCGAAACCGCAAGCUGAAUCGAGCCCUGGCCUGCCAGAUCCCGGUAAAUUGGUGUCCACUGAAGAGGAGCAGUCGGCAAACUCGGAGAAGGGUGGAAUUAACGGUUUCCAUGUCAACGGCUGUGCCCAUGACACGGAGUCUGUGGACUCGCUCAGCGAAGGUUUGGAUGCACUUUCAAUUGAUGCCAGAGAACUGGAGGAUUGCGAGUCUGCUGCACCAGACAUGCCUGAUAGAACAGCAGUGCCUGAACUAGAGAAUGGAAUAGCAGACUUUGACACAAAAUCGCUCAUCAUGCAUCCUUCCCAGAGCCCUUCAUCUCUUAGACAGCGGCCUGAGCAGAGGAGCACUAGCAGGUCUCUGUCCAGAUCAACAGCGAGCAAUUCAACUCCUGCAUCCCUCUCUGUAACGUGGCUGGAAGAUGUUCCGGUUUCACCUGCGAACAAGAAGCUAGGUUCUAACAUUGAAAAAUCAGUGAAGGAUCUCCAGCGCUGCACCGUUUCACUGGCUCGGUACCGGGUUGUGGUGAAGGAGGAAAUGGAUUCUUCCAUUAAGAAGAUGAAGCAGGUCUUUGCUGAACUGCAGAGUAGCCUUAUGGAUCGCGAGGUGGCGUUGCUGGCUGAAAUGGACAAAGUGAAAGCAGAAGCAAUGGAAAUUCUGGUCAGCCGCCAGAAGAAGGCAGAAGCCCUGAAGAAGAUGACUGAUGUGGCAGUGCGAAUGUCGGAGGAGCAGCUGGUCGAGCUCAGAGCUGACAUAAAGCACUUUGUGAGCGAACGGAAGUACGACGAGGACCUGGGCAGGGUGGCGCGGUUCACGUGCGACCUCGACGCGCUGAAGAAGAGCAUCGCCUCGUUCGGCCAAG